AUGAACGGAGCGGCAUUGUUAGCCAUUGCUGCCACAGUUGGUAACUUUUUGCAGGGUUGGGAUAUGGCAGCCAUUGCUGGAGCAGUUGUUUACAUAAAAAAAGAGAUUGAGUUAGAAUCUACCAUGGAAGGGCUUAUUGUGGCGAUGUCACUCAUUGGAGCAACGGUUAUCACAACUUGUUCAGGAACAAUAUCUGAUAGGAUUGGUCGACGUCCAAUGCUUAUUCUCUCAUCCAUAUUUUAUUUUCUUAGUGGUCUGAUAAUGUUAUGGUCGCCUAAUGUCUAUGUCCUUCUUCUGGCGAGGCUCUUAGAUGGGUUUGGUGUUGGACUCGCUGUCACUUUAGUGCCCUUGUACAUUUCUGAGAUUGCCCCAUCAGAAAUACGAGGCUCGUUAAAUACUCUUCCUCAGUUCUGUGGUUCUACUGGACUGUUUCUGGCAUACUGUAUGAUCUUUGGCAUGUCCUUACUGUCUUCGCCUAGCUGGAGGCUGAUGCUAGGAGUUUUUUCUAUUCCUUCUCUCCUGUAUUUUGCAUUAGCUGUACUAUAUUUGCCAGAAUCUCCUCGAUGGCUUGUGAGUAAAGGAAGAAUGCUGGAGGCAAAACAAGUUCUGCAGAAACUGCGUGGUGGGGAAGAUGUUUCUGGUGAGAUGGCUCUAUUGGUUGAAGGUCUAGCAGUUGGUGGUGACACAUCCAUAGAAGAAUACAUUAUCGGUCCAGCAGAUGAUCUUGGGGAGGAGCAGGAGCCAUAUCCUGGUAAAGACCAUAUCAAGUUGUAUGGACCUGAGGAUGGCCUCUCAUGGGUUGCCAAGCCUGUUAAUAGACAGAGUAGCACAGGCCUCGUCUCCCGUCAAGGAACCAUGGUAAAUCAGAGUGUGCCUCUCAUGGAUCCUCUCGUUACACUCUUUGGCAGUGUCCAUGAGAAGCUUCCAGAAACAGGAAGUAUGAGAAGCAUGCUAUUUCCCAAUUUCGGCAGCAUGUUCAGUACAGCUGAGCCUCAGGUUAAAAAUGAAGAGUGGGAUGAAGAGAGUCUGCAGAGAGAAGGUGAUGGAUACACAUCAGAGGCUGGUGGUGCCGAUUCAGACGAUAAUUUGCAUAGUCCAUUAAUGUCACGUCAAACGACAAGCAUGGAGAAGGACAUGAUCGUCCCUCAGUCCCAUGGAAGCAUUCUAAGCAUGAGACACCAUAGCAAUCUCAUGCAAGGGAACGAGGGAGAAGCUGUUGGUAGCAUGGGUAUUGGUGGUGGUUGGCAGUUAGCAUGGAAAUGGUCCGAGAGAGAAGGUGAAGAUGGAAAGAAAGGAGGAGGUUUUAAAAGGAUUUAUUUGCAUGAGGAGGGUGUUCCUGGGUCAAGAUGUGGGUCUCUUUUUUCGCUCCAUGGAGGUGAUGUUCCUGUUGAUGGUGGGUUCAUCCAGGCAGCAGCUCUGGUAAGCCAGCCUGCUCUUUAUUCCAAGGAAAUUAUGAGUCAGCAUCCAGUUGGACCGGCGAUGGUGCACCCAGCUGAAACUUCAUCAAAAGGGCCUGGUUGGAUUGCUCUUCUUGAACCUGGAGUUAAACGCGCAUUAGUUGUUGGGAUUGGGAUCCAAAUGCUGCAGCAGUUUUCUGGUAUCAAUGGGGUUUUGUACUACACACCUCAAAUUCUUCAGCAGGCAGGCAUUUCUGAUCUUCUUUCUAACCUUGGCAUUGGAUUGGAGUCUGCAUCUUUCCUCCUUAGCGCAUUUACAAAUUUUUUGAUGCUUCCUUGUAUAGCUGUUGCUAUGAGGUUCAUGGAUCUAUCUGGCAGAAGGUCCUUGCUGCUCAUGACUAUCCCGGUGUUGAUAGUGUCACUCAUCAUCCUCAUCAUUGGUAAUGUUUUUGAUUUUGGAACCAUAGCACAUGCCAUUAUCUCAACCAUCUGUCUAGUUAUCUACAUCUGCACCUUCGUUGCGACCUAUGGGUCAAUCCCGAAUAUUCUCUGCUCUGAAAUAUUUCCUACAAGGGUUCGUGGAAUCUGCAUUGCCGUCUGUGCUCUAGUUUUCUGGAUAUGUGAUGUCAUUGUUACCUACACUUUUCCCUUGUUGCUUAGUUCGAUUGGGUUGGCUGGUGUUUUUAGCAUUUAUGCCGUUGUAUGUCUCAUCUCCUUGAUUUUCGUAUACUUGAGGGUUCCUGAAACAAAGGGCAUGCCCCUGGAGGUCAUUACAGAGUUCUUUGCUGUUGGAGCGAAACAGGCUGCUGAUAAGCAUGAGUAA